CGCGAGGGCCCGGCGGGCCGCAGGUCCUCCGGCCGCGCGGCGCGGGGCUCGGCGGCGCCCUGGGCGCGCUUCUCCGCCUGGCUGGAGUGCGUGUGCGUGGUCACCUUCGACUUGGAGCUGGGCCAGGCGCUGGAGCUGGUGUACCCCAGUGACUUCCGGCUCACAGACAAGGAGAAAAGCAGCAUCUGCUACCUAUCCUUUCCUGACUCCCACUCAGGCUGCCUUGGGGACACUCAGUUCAGUUUCCGCAUGCGACAGUGUGGAGGACACAGGAGCCCCUGGCAUGCAGAUGACCAGCCCUACAACAGCAAGGCCCCUGUGGCACUGCAGAAGGAGCCAGCACACUACCUUGGCUACGUGUACUUCCGGCAAGUGAAGGACAGCUCUGUGAAGAGGGGUUACUUCCAGAAGUCCCUGGUGCUGCUGUCCCGCCUGCCCUUUGUCCGGCUGUUCCAGUCACUGCUGAGCCUGAUGGCCCCCGAGUACUUUGACAAGCUGGCACCCUGUCUGGAAGCUGUUUGUAAUGAAAUCGACCAGUGGCCAGCUCCUGUGCCUGGGCAGACCCUGAACCUCCCUGUUAUGGGUGUUGUCAUCCAGGUGUGCAUCCCAUCCAGGGUAGACAAACCGGAAUCCAGGCCUCUGAGGCAGUGUGACCAAGAGAACCUGCUGCCAGCCCCUGUUGUCCUUGCCAGUGUCCAUGAACUGGACCUAUUCAGGUGUUUCCGGCCCGUGCUGACCCAUGUGCAGACACUGUGGGAGCUCGUGCUUCUUGGGGAGCCUCUGGUGGUCCUGGCCCCCUCGCCCGACGUGUCCUCAGAGAUGGUGCUUGCCCUGACCAGCUGCCUGCAGCCCCUCAAGUUCUGCUGUGACUUCCGCCCCUACUUCACCAUCCAUGACAGUGAAUUUAAGGAGCUUACCACACGCACCCAGGCCCCACCUAACGUGGUUCUGGGAGUCACAAACCCUUUCUUUAUCAAAACACUCCAGCACUGGCCCCAUAUCCUCCGAAUUGGGGAGCCCAAGAUGUCAGGGGACCUUCCUAAGCAGAUCAAGUUGAAAAAGCCCUCAAGGCUGAAGACCCUUGACACCAAGCCAGGCCUCUACACCUCCUACACAGCCCACCUGCACCGGGACAAGGCGCUGCUCAAGAGACUCCUCAAGGGUGUGCAGAAGCAGCGGCCAUGGGAUGUGCAGAGCGCUCUGCUGAGGCGCCACCUCCUGGAACUCACGCAGAGCUUCAUCAUUCCCCUGGAGCACUACAUGGCCAGCCUCAUGCCACUGCAGAAGAGCAUCACGCCCUGGAAGACCCCACCCCAGAUCCGCCCCUUCUGCCAGGAUGACUUCCUUCGCAGCCUGGAGCAUGCUGGGCCCCAGCUUACCUGUAUCCUCAAGGGCGACUGGCUGGGCCUCUACAGGCGGUUUUUCAAGUCACCCCACUUUGAUGGCUGGUACCGGCAGCGGCACAAAGAGAUGGCCCAGAAGUUGGAGGCCUUGCACCUGGAGGCGAUCUGUGAGGCGAACAUUGAGACCUGGAUGAAGGACAAAUCAGAGGUGGAAGUGGUGGACCUGGUCCUGAAACUCCGGGAGAAGCUGGUGCGGGCACAGGGCCACCAGCUCCCUGUGAAGGAGGUGACACUACAGCGGGCACAGCUGUACAUCGAGAUGGUCAUCGGCUCCCUGCCCAAAGACCUGCAGGUUGUCCUGUGCCCUCCUUAGGCUGGACCAACGUGUGCAGGCCCCAGGCCUGGCCUGCCAAGCCUCCCCUGGAGGGCCCUCAUUUGUGCCCAAUCCCAGCUUGGCCCCCUGCCUGGGCUGCAGCCCCCUCGUUUCCACAGUAAAUGCGACAUUUGGAACCACAGUCUGGUCCCUGACUGGGAGAUUGUGUGCUAGCAGAACUCCUGCUCCAGCCCCACCUGCCUGCAUGGCUGCAGAGGGCAAGUAGGGGGGUUGUAGCGCGAGAGCCCUGGCUGAUUUGGGCACAGCUCCUGCCCACCCUGCUAUUGCCCAUCUGCCCACACUCCACGUGGUGUUUGAUAUGUCCUUCAGCCCCGCAGGCUGCUAGAACAGAGGGAGGCAGCUGGCAGGAGCCAUUGCCGCCUGCCCAUCUUGCCCUGUGGAGAUGGGGACACCUUGCCCAUGUCAGCCAUGGUGGGGAGAGAGACCACUCUUGUGUACCCACUGCCUGCCUGAGCUGCACAGGGGAGAGCAGGAGUGGUGUGGAGGGCCUACUGGGCAGCAGGCUCGGUCUGGCACUUGGACUCCACAGUAUGGGCCUGGCCUCUCUCCUGGAAUCCCAUAUACCCCACUUCUACCCUCGGGGCCUGCGGGCUCUGGAUUGGUCUGACUCUGCUGCCCAGCCCCCACAGCCCUGGUGCAGCCAAUCUCCUUGGCAAGCACCGGAGGUGCCACCUCUGGGUUCUUAGUCAAGCCUGAGCCCAGUGAGGUAGUGCUGUCGCCUCAGGUAGUGAUAUGGCCAAGGAUGGUGACACUGGUGGGGCUAUAUAGAAGAGGUGUGCUUAGGGUUGGACCAGAGCUGCCACUGAACCCCAGGAGAGCAUCACUAGCUGCUGACCUCACAGACCCUUGGGCUCUUUGUCUAGGAGGUGAG